AUGGUGAAAAGAGGUAGGUCAGUGUCAUUCGGGGUUAGACGGUCCAGUCUCUGCCUACUCCUCAGCAGCUCUCUGAACAAGCCUGGUAAGGCAGCACGUACCCAUUCCACCACCUGCUGUAGCAGCCUGGUAGACUUUAUGGAGGAAGCCAUGUUACAUUUACAUUUACGUCAUUUAGCAGACGCUCUUAUCCAGAGCGACUUACAAAUAGGUGCAUUCACCUUAUAGCCAGUGGGAUAACCACUUUACAAUGUUUUUUUUUUGUGUGUUUUUUUUUUUGGGGGGGGGGGGGGUUGGGGUAAGGGGGGGGGGGGGGGGUAGAAGGAUUACUUUAUCCUAUCCCAGGUAUUCCUUAAAGAGGUGGGGUUUCAAAUGUCUCCGGAAGGUGGUGAGUGACUCCGCUGUCCUGGCGUCGUGAGGGAGCUUGUUCCACCAUUGGGGUGCCAGAGCAGCGAACAGUUUUGACUGGGCUGAGCGGGAACUAGGGGAGCCAGCAGGCCAGAGGUGGAUGAACGCAAUGCCCUCGUUUGGGUGUAGGGACUGAUCAGAGCCUGAAGGUACGGAGGUGCCGUUCCCCUCACAGCUCCGUAGGCAAGCACCAUGGUCUUGUAGCAAAUGCGAGCUUCAACUGGAAGCCAGUGGAGUGUGCGGAGGAGCGGGUGACGUGAGAGAACUUGGGAAGGUUGAACACCAGACGGGCUGCGGCAUUCUGGAUGAGUUGUAGGGGUUUAAUGGCACAGGCAGGGAGCCCAGCCAACAGCGAGUUGCAGUAAUCCAGACGGGAGAUGACAAGUGUUGCCGGCAGAUUUCCACCCAGCCUUUUCUUGCAGGUCACCCAACUUAGUGAGCCCUGCUCUCACAAGCCUGGCCAGCAAGCUGGCAGAUGUCACCACUCUGAUCCCGAUAAGAGGGUUGUGAAACAGUGGCUCCUCCAUUUUCCAUGCUCCUGGCCAUGAAACAUCUCUGUGAACAGAUAGUCUUGUUCCACGCCCCAAAGCACAGCGAGGUAGAACGGAGUAGUGGCUGACAUAUCGACCUGCUCCAGAUCCAACUGGAAUAAGUGCCUGUUGUACCCAAGGUCCCCUGAUCUCCUCAGAGAAAGAGAGAGAGAGGUCAGGUUGACAGCUAAUGGAGGAGUAAUUAGUGACAUGAUGGCAAAGAUAGAGCCUGACGCAGAGACCCCAUAUACAAAUAAAAUAAUGGGGGCAUGACGCCCCUGUUUCCAUCUCAUAGUGUUCAUCUCCAUUGUCUCUUUUGUGUAUGAUAAACUAAUGAAGCUCUGUACAUUUGUGGUGCCUGUGCAUUUAGUUUUACUACUGAAUCAUUCACUUUGUUUGCUAUUAAAGGCUACAUGUUAUGUUAAUUGCGUGCUGAAUAGUGAAACUGAAAACAUAUAUAUGUAUUUUCUUAUGCUAUAAAAAAUAUCUUACACAAAUAAGUUGACGUUCCAAAAGUGUGAAAAUUGCCCAUUAUUGUCUGAAGUGUAAUUAUGAAUCAUUCAGUGUCAAAACCGAGGAGUGCAGAUGUGGUAUCCAUUCCAUCAGAUUGACUCGAUCCAAUGCACAUCAAGUAGCUUGCGCGCGCGCCAGUCUUGAAUAGAUCUACAUCUCUCUCUAGUGGAUUAAAAUGCACUCUUGUAUAUGGUCAAAUAUCCUAUCGUCUUACAAAGUAUAAUUUAAAAAUUGCUAUUUUAAAAGGCUCACUUUAUGGGUAUUUAGGCCUACAGAAAAAAAAUAUCUAAACUGGAGAUUCUCUAAAGCAUAUAAAAAAUCUUGCGAGGUACCUCAACUCCACGAUGAUUUCAUCCACGGAUUUGAGCAGAGAUUCCAGUUUUUUUAAAUGAACCUCUGGCUCCUUCGAGUCACUAUGCAGUUGAUACUUUAAAAAUGCAAAUGUUGAUAAACCCCUACCGUGUACCUACGUUUGUUCUCUGUUGUUGCGUGACUUUCUUUGUUUGCCAAAAUCCAUACUAUUUCAUAAAACGUUCAUCAAAUACAACCACUUGUUUCCUAAUUGCUGUUGCGCUAAAAUGGCAACUCAGCGCUAAUGCACGUUUCAAUUGAAUCUCAACAAUCUCGGUGUUUGUAUUUUAUUAACAUUUUAUUAAAAAGUAUGGAUUUCAGCAAACAAAGAAAGGCACGCAACAACAGAGGACAAACAUAGGUACAUGGUAAGGGUUUAAGAAUGUACAUUUUGAAGUAUCAACUGCAUAGCGACACUGAAGGAGUCUGCGCUCAACUCUGUGGAUGAAAUCAGUGGAAUGGCUUUCAGGGAAAGUUUCUAUGCAAGAACUGCAACCACCUGAAGAGAUGGGAAGGGUCUAGAGUUGUCAGACAGUUCUGGGAGGUGGAACACAGGUGGUAUAAGUGGCUGGGGCAGGCCACUGCUGCGACUCAAGCAAGCUCCGCAAGGAGAGUGAUUCAGCAACGUGUGUUUAUACUUAAAGAGUUCGAAUGACCGAUACCAAGAAAUAAUCAGCUUUAUUACUAGAUAAUUUAUUGAUAGAUAAUCACCGGGUAGCCUAUCAUGUGUCUAUGGUCUCUCCCCUGCCUCGUGUUGAUGUUAUCCCAAAAUGUAGACACUGAAUGUCCCCAUGGGUCUAUUGCGGACCAGGACACGCUAUGGCAAUCAAAUAUGCACGGAGUGACUGAUUCAGAUGUGGUCAAGGCCAUGAUGGUUUUAUGUGUCUCAUAACUAUUGUCACAGUCAAUAUGAUGUUUACUUUAUAGGCUAUAAUAUUUCCCAUACUAAAGGAAUAUGCCAUUCCAUUAUGUGCAUGCUUUUAAAAACAUUCUCAUCUGGAUCUGUUUCCAACAACAUAUCAAACAUAACUACAUAGGUUUUAUUGAUAUUUCAAGUUGAAUAAGUAGAUUUUAUUCAAGGCUUUAUUAUAUGAAUUGCAUUGUAAUGUGUGUUUCAUGUGCCAUGCUUCCUGAACCUCCCUGCCCCUGCCCCUGCCCCUCCCUCAACUCUCUCCAUACAUGGCAGGCCAAAUGCUCCACUCUAAAAAUAGGGGACCUGCGCCUCACAGUGGUCAGAAGUGGUCCUUCGGAUUGGGUAGCACAACAAUGUAAAAUGGCUGUAAGACACGUCUCAUUCAAUUCAUGAAUUUACUUUGUUUGACAGAGAAUUUGAUCCCAUCUGAUAUGAAUUGGGGUCUGAUCCCUGGUUUAUACAGUGGGGGGAAAAAAGUAUUUAGUCAGCCACCAAUUGUGCAAGUUCUCCCACUUAAAAAGAUGAGAGAGGCCUGUAAUUUUCGUCAUAGGUACAAGUCAACUAUGACAGACAAAAUGAGAAAAAAAAAUCCAGAAAAUCACAUUGUAGGAUUUGUAAUGAAUUUAUUUGCAAAUUAUGGUGGAAAAUAAGUAUUUGGUCAAUAACAAAAGUUUCUCAAUACUUUGUUAUAUACCCUUUGUUGGCAAUGACACCGGUCAAACAUUUUCUGUAAGUCUUCACAAGGUUUUCACACACUGUUGCUGGUAUUUUGGCCCAUUCCUCCAUGCAGAUCUCCUCUAGAGCAGUGAUGUUUUGGGGCUGUCGCUGGGCAACACGGACUUUCAACUCCCUCCAAAGAUUUUCUAUGGGGUUGAGAUCUGGAGACUGGCUAGGCCACUCCAGGACCUUGAAAUGCUUCUUACGAAGCCACUCCUUCGUUGCCCGGGCGGUGUGUUUGGGAUCAGUGUCUGAAAAGACCCAGCCACGUUUCAUCUUCAAUGCCCUUGCUGAUGGAAGGAGGUUUUCACUCAAAAUCUCACGAUACAUGGCCCCAUUCAUUCUUUCCUUUACACGGAUCAGUCGUCCUGGUCCCUUUGCAGAAAAACAGCCCCAAAGCAUGAUGUUUCCACCCCCAUGCUUCACAGUAGGUAUGGUGUUCUUUGGAUACAACUCAGCAUUCUUUGUCCUCCAAACACGACGAGUUGAGUUUUUACCAAAAAGUUCUAUUUUGGUUUCAUCUGACCAUAUGACAUUCUCCCAAUCCUCUUCUGGAUCAUCCAAAUGCACUCUAGCAAACUUCAGACGGGCCUGGACAUGUACUGGCUUAAGCAGGGGGACACGUCUGGCACUGCAGGAUUUGAUUCCCUGGCGGCGUAGUGUGUUACUGAUGGUAGGCUUUAUUACUUUGGUCCCAGCUCUCUGCAGGUCAUUCACUAGGUCCCCCCGUGUGGUUCUGGGAUUUUUGCUCACCGUUCUUGUGAUCAUUUUGACCCUACGGGGUGAGAUCUUGCGUGGAGCCCCAGAUCGAGGGAGAUUAUCAGUGGUCUUGUAUGUCUUCCAUUUCCUAAUAAUUGCUCCCACAGUUGAUUUCUUCAAACCAAGCUGCUUACCUAUUGCAGAUUCAGUCUUCCCAGCCUGGUGCAGGUCUACAAUUUUGUUUCUGGUGUCCUUUGACAGCUCUUUGGUCUUGGCCAUAGUGGAGUUUGGAGUGUGACUGUUUGAGGUUGUGGACAGGUGUCUUUUAUACUGAUAACAAGUUCAAACAGGUGCCAUUAAUACAGGUAACGAGUGGAGGACAGAGGAGCCUCUUAAAGAAUAAGUUACAGGUCUGUGAGAGCCAGAAAUCUUGCUUGUUUGUAGGUGACCAAAUACUUAUUUUCCACCAUAAUUUGCAAAUAAAUUCAUAAAAAAUCCUACAAUGUGAUUUUCUGGAUUUUUCUUUCUCAAUUUGUCUGUCAUAGUUGACGUGUACCUAUGAUGAAAAUUACAGGCCUCUCUCAUCUUUUUAAGUGGGAGAACUUGCACAAUUGGUGGCUGACUAAAUACUUUUCCCCCCCACUGUACAUUUGCCUUUGAUGUAUUAACCCCCCUUAAUUUUUUUCUGUGAUAUGGGAUCCCUUUUCAACCCCUCCAUGUCCAAACCCACCGGCCACCCACACACUUACCUUUUUAUAGACAUCCCUGCACUGAGUGAAGGGUGUCAUGUUUCUAUUACAUGCAUUUCUAGUUAAAUCUGUGGUUAGUUCAUUCUCAUUGUAAAGACAUAGUUUGUAAAAUGUGUGUAAAAAAUAUAUUUCAGUUGAAGUGUGUUUGAAAUAAAGGCCUACUUUAUAUUCUCCCUGUCAAGUUCGAAAUUCAAAAAAGCUUUUGGCAUGGCAGAAUGUUUUUAUAGCAAUAUUGAAAAGGAUGAUGCUUUAAAAUAAUUAUAAUUUUUUGUUGCUAAUAUUGUUUCUCCAUCUACCUCUCCCUAGUGCCCCAGGCCCAGGGGGAAAGGCCAACGCCAUGGCCUCCAAGUCUCAGAAAGAGAUGUUUCAGAAGAUGGAGGAAGGGUUUAAAUUCUGCGCCAGUUGUAGAAAGCAGCCCGGUCUGGUUUCAGAUGCACAAACACUCAAACACUGUGUGAGGUAAUUAUGAAAAAGACUGAAUUAAAGAAAUUAGGUUAUUUGCUUGAACAUGAAACUUGUCAUGAACUCCAUUAUGUAUUGUACUGGUUCCAUGAUCCAAAAGGGUUCUCUGGUUAGAAGUGGGUGUACUGUCCUCACACGUUCUUUCCUUUCCCUUCCAUCCUCUCCCUCCUCCUUCCUCUGACUACCACAGGUGUCUGAAUGUCUACUACUGCAUUACAGUGUCAGAAGGCUGAUUGGCCUCAGCACAAGAAGGUCUGCUCAGAGUUGCAUUUAGUAGCCAUUGACCGACUGGUGGAAUGGCUCAUGUUCAAAGGUGAGAGAAAGAGAAGGCAGUUGGAAGAGGAACGAGUCAUGACAUUGGGCCAAUUGCUGCAUGUUUGUCGUGAUUUAGAUGAACAAUGUGCACUGAGGGUCCUAUAUUCGACACAAAGAAGAGCAAUCUUCCUCUCUUAUUUGUCAUGAUGAAGCACCACCUUAUUGUACAGACAGAUGAUCUGAGAUAAUUUUUUAAAAAAUGUAUUAAAAAGGUGUUCCACACGGUUCGAUUCUAGGACCAAUUCUUUUUCUAUGAUAUUUUCUGAACAAUGUAUUAAAAUAAAUAAAUAGAGAUAACACCAGGAGGAUAGCACCAACUUAGCAGGCCUAAACUGAUUUCAUACUCCCCCUUCCUCUUACCCAAUCAAGAGACCUCCCAUUCCUUACAAAGAAGUGGACCCGGCCACAAGGGAAGGUGAAGGGCUGGGAUGACUGGCUUGCAAUGCAAGGGGACCUCACCCCCCAUCUGGACGCCAUCUUGUCUGGCACUAAUAUGACAGACCUUUGGACCAACGCCGGCAGGCCCAAGCCAGGAUGAUGACCUGAGAAAGUUGAUUUGGCAGGUAUCGAGCAAGUACUUCUCCCGACCGAUGACUAUUGCCCUAGGGUUUAGACUGUUUGGCCUAAACACCUCACCAUCCACUUGAUAGGGGUUUCUGACAGUAAGACCCAGGGAGCCCGACUGACGGACUAUGAUGAGCUGAACCAAAUGCACCCUGGACACCGGGGUAUUGAGUUGGUGAUGGUGGGGCCAGAGGUGGUGGAUGGGCCCAUCAUGAGGCCCCCUCUGACAAACUUUUGCCCCAGGAUGAAUACCUACAUCAGUGCCUGCAAGGGCCUCUACCACCAGUUAUUUGAGGAGCUUGUAGAGACCGAGAAAGCAGCUAAGCCAGAUCUGGUGGUUGGAUUUCACCCAGGUAAGAAGCUCUGCCGUUGUGCAAUGUUGUCACGAUCGUCGAAUACAGUGGACCAAUGCGCAGCGUGAUGAGUGAACAUACUUAUUUAUUAAUUCACCACGAACGAACAAAACAACAAAACGAUACGUGAAGUCCUUAGUAACAGACACAAACCAUACACGGAACAAGAUCCCACAACACACUGUGGAAAACAGGCUGCCUAAGUAUGGUUCCCAAUCAGAGACAACAAGCAACAGCUGAUACACGUUGCCUCUGAUUGAGAACCACACCGGCCAACGUAGAAACAAAUGAACUAGAUAAAAAACCUAGAACACAAAACACAUAGAAACAACACACCCUGGCUCAACAUAACAGAGUCCCAGAGCCAGGGCGUGACAGUACCCCCCCCCCCCCCCCCCAAAGGCGCGGACUGCGACCGCGCCAAACAUAAACCGAACACGGAAGGGCCGGGUGGGCAUUCCUCCUCGGAGGCGGUUCCGGCUCCGGGCUUGACCCCCACCCUCCAACAAACCCCCCAUAGCGCCCCUGGUCCGGUCUGGCCCUGCUGGCUGGAUCUGGACUGGACAUCGGUGGAGCGGAUCUCUCAGGCUCCGAUGUGGAGCAGCUAACCGAUACCUGACCAGGCACCGGUGACCCAGGCACGGGCUGUGCCGGACUGACGACGCGCACCACAGGCUUGGUGCGGGGAGCAGGGACGGGCCGAACCGGGCUGACGAAGCGCACCACAGGCUUGGUGCGGGGAGCAGGGACGGGCCAGACUGGGCUGACGAUGCGCACCACAGGCUUGGUGCGGGGAGCAGGAACAGGCCGAGCCGGGCUGGCGACGCGCAUCCUAGGCUUGGUGCGGGGAGCAGGAACAGGCCGGGCCGGGCUGGCGAUGCGCCCCACAGGCUUGGUGCGGGGAGCAGGAACAGGCCGAGCCGUGCUGGCGACGCGCACCGUAGGCUUGGUGCGAGUGGCAGGAACAGGCCGGGCCGAGCUGGUGACGCGCACCCUUGGCUUGGUGCGGGGAGCAGGAACAGGCCGGGCCGGGCUGGCGAUGCGCCCCACAGGCUUGGUGCGGGGAGCAGGAACAGGCCGAGCCGGGCUGGCGACGCGCACCGUAGGCUUGGUGCGAGUGGCAUGGAACAGGCCGGGCCGAGCUGGUGACGCGCACCCUUGGCUUGGUGCGGGGAGCAGGAACAGGCCGGGCCGGGCUGGGAACACACACCACUGGCCUUACAUGGGGAUCAGGAACGGGCCGGACCGGACUGGCUACACACCUCAGUACCUCUCGCCGUGCCUCUACAUAUUCCUUCCCUCUACUCGCCAAUGGCUCCCGUAACCCGGUGGCCUUCUCUCCUCGUCCACCAACUCGCCCCUUAUCUGCCUCCAGCAGUCCCGUCGUCCAUGGUGUGAGCCCCCCCCUAAAAAUGUAUUGGGUUCGUCUCUCCCCCGUGGCUAUGGCCUCUAUGGCUCUCGCCAGACUCUCCCUCUUCUGCUCCCAAGUCCUCUCUGGCGUUGGCUCCUGGACACGCUGCUUGGUCCAGUUAUGGUGGGAUCUUCUGUCACGAUCGUCGAAUACAGUGGACCAAUGCGCAGCGUGAUGAGUGAACAUACUUAUUUAUUAAUUCACCACGAACGAACAAAACAACAAAACGAUACGUGAAGUCCUUAGUAACAGACACAAACCAUACACGGAACAAGAUCCCACAACACACUGUGGAAAACAGGCUGCCUAAGUAUGGUUCCCAAUCAGAGACAACAAGCAACAGCUGAUACACGUUGCCUCUGAUUGAGAACCACACCGGCCAACGUAGAAACAAAUGAACUAGAUAAAAAACCUAGAACACAAAACACAUAGAAACAACACACCCUGGCUCAACAUAAGAGUCCCAGAGCCAGGGCGUGACAAAUGUCCUGCUUUUCCAAUUUCCAAACUCAAGAAAAUGGAAUUGACUAGCAUAUUUUGUGUUGGCUAAAACUCCAAUUACUGUAUCUCAAACGAAUGGACAAGAAACAGAUAAGGGCUUUUCCUGGUUGUCAACUUGGUGGUUUUGAGGUUGAAGCUUUGCAUAGUAACUGUGAGCUUCCCUGGUUGAGCUGUUUUUGUCUGAGCUAAGUUCUGUUUGACUUCCUCUGUCUCCUAUAGGGUUUGAUGCCAGUCAAGGCCAGGAUCAGGGUUGGCUACCAACACUGCUGCUCCUUAGGGACUACAAGAUCCCUUCCCUGUUUACUGCACUAGAGUAA